GUUCGGGUCGGUUCGGUGGCCGCUGUGGCGUUACUAACCUAGUAACGGCUGGUUAGCUCAUUAGCCAGCUAACGGCCAAGUGUUAACGGUUUCCUAGUAAGUGAACCGAGUUAGCUCGGAUAACAAGGUUGGUGUCCGCUCCUUGUGAGGCUAUCCACGAUGGCGAUGGAGUAUUUGGUUACAGGUGUGUCUCAUAAAGUUGACUGGCAGUAAAGCGGUCCUAUGAUGGAAGAGCUUCAUGACGUCCAGCUGACUGAGAUCAAACCACUUCUGACAGGACAGAAUGGGAGAAAUCUGCAGGACUUUGACUGUCAGGAGCACGAUGUGGAAACAGCCCACGGUGUGCUGCACGUUACCAUGAGGGGAGUUACUAAGGGCAACCGACCCACAAUCCUGACCUACCACGACAUCGGACUUAACCAUAAGUCUUGUUUCAACAGCCUGUUUAACUACGAGGACAUGCAGGAAGUGACACAGCAUUUCUCAGUUCUGCAUGUUGAUGCUCCAGGACAGCAGGAGAAUGCUCCCAUAUUCCCCACCGGGUACCAGUACCCCACCAUGGAUGAGCUGGCUGAGAUGCUGCCAUCUGUCCUGACACAGCUACAGGUGAAGAGUGUAAUUGGUAUCGGUGUUGGAGCUGGAGCCUACAUCCUCACCAAAAUGGCUCUGAAUGAUCCCAGUCUGGUGGAGGGUUUAGUUCUGAUCAACAUUGACCCCUGUGCCAAGGGCUGGAUGGACUGGGCUGCUUCUAAGCUGAGCGGCUGGACGAGCAACCUGGUCGACAUCAUCAUGGGACACCACUUCAGCACUGAUGAGUUAACAGAGAACAAGGAGAUCAUCCAGACGUACAGACUGCACAUUUCUCAGGAUAUACCGCAGGAUAACCUGGCUAUGUUCUACAACAGCUAUGACAGUCGUACUGAGUUGCAGAUGGAGCGGCCGGUCCCUGGUCUGAAUGAAAACACAGUCACCACACUCAGGUGUCCUGCUCUGCUGGUGGUUGGAGACACGUCGCCUGCUGUUGAUGUCGUGGUGGAGUGUAACUCCAGACUGAACCCCACCAAGACCACCCUGCUCAAGAUGGCAGACUGUGGAGGACUUCCUCAGGUGGUGCAGCCUGGAAAACUAGCAGAGGCCUUCAAGUAUUUUGUCCAGGGGAUGGGCUACAUGCCCACAGCUGGUAUGACCCGGCUGGUUCGCUCCAGGACUCACUCGGCCUCCAGCGUGGGCUCCACCGACGGCGUCCGGAGCCGCAGCACGACCAACGCGCUGGCAGAGGGCGCUAACGCCACCAGCCCCGAACACACAGCACCACACACCAUCGAAAUGACCGCGUAGGACUGCUCCUGCUCCGUUUUCUCCAUCUAGACCUCGCGCUUCUACUUCUUUUCUUCUGCUCCUCAGAUGCCGUGUUCAUCUGAACUUAAAUCCUUCCAGGACGCAGCCCAACAGUCCUGCUGUGUUAGUUGUAAACGUUCUUCCCAAAUUGCUGAAAAAUGUCACAUCUAACAUCAUUUAAAGUAGAGAUGACUGCUGUCAGAAGUCCCUCUCCUAAUAUCUUCCCAGUGAGCGUAGGGAGUUUAGAUCUGAGCGGUGUCAUAAACGUUGUGGCGCCAGCAGCCCUGUUAGCUCUGUUAUCCUGUGCUCUUUAGGACGCUGAUGUUGGCUCGUAGUUUCACUCCUUCCUCUCUGGAGCCAGACGGUUGGUGACGGCGUAGAUGUAACUGUGCGUGGAGUUCAGCCGGUUCAUAUUUGUAUACAGUUGUGUCGUAUUUCUAAAGUAGACUGUUCUUCAGGUGGUUUUCUCAGGUCAGACCAGAUUUUCACAUUACUCUUCUCUUCCUUUAGUUUGGUCCUGAUCUCUUCUUUUUAUUAUUACUCUUAUUAUAAUCAUCAUUAUUUUGUUAUGAUUGUUGUUCACGGUGGUGCCGUUGGCUGAUACGGAGCUUGCUUCUGAAAUGAUGAACCUUUUUCCUACCUGUAAGACUGCAGCUGUAAUUGACCCCAAAAUAAUCGCCCCUCCCACCCUGGGAUGCCCGAGCCAGGGGAAUUUGAUGGGAGACAAGUUUUAACAACAGCGAAACAAAAUCAAAAUAUGAAUAAAAACUCAGGUAUUUAACUACACGUGCAGAACAGUCUGACUCAAAUCCAGUUCUGAUCCACAUUUUUCGAAAGAAAAACACUGUCAAGAUCGUUUUAAACUGUGCUGUCGGUUGCUCUGUUUGGAAUCAGAAACUCCGAACGACGCUCUUGUUACUUUAAACGGCCCGAAUAGCUCUUCUAAGCGCGGUAACUUUUUUAACGAACAAAAAUAACUUCAGAAGCCGUGAAACUUGUAUUAUCGUCACAUUCAAGUCACAGAGCGUCUCUUAUUCUGAAAAAUAAAUACGUUGAUUAACAACACUGAUGGCCCGUCUUAAGAUGUCUCCAGAAACCUCAGACCCUUCUAACCGUGGGGAUAAAAAAGUGUCCCUGCUGCUGCAUCAUACAAAAGAUUUUAAUGAAGUGAUUCUGUGACUUUUCCCCAUUCCAAACCAAGAUGGUAGCAGGAAGUGACAUUUCCUUCUCAAUUUGUAUGACGUGGACCGAAAUUCAGAAGUUUUGUUUGUUUCCAUUGAUUGACUUUUUAAAUAUUUUUUAUUUCUAUACGAACAGGAUUCUGGAAAUACCUUCAGAACAAUGAUGAAUGUCAAACAACCCUCUUGGUAUUUCUCCGAAAAUCUAAAGCUUAGUUCUGUGACAUGAAUGUAACGUGAAUACGUGAGAGGCACAAACGGGGACUAAACGUGUGCAGGAGUUAAUUCAGGUUCAUAUUUUAGAUCGGACACCUUUCAUGGCUUCAUGUCUUAGUCAACUUCAGGUUUUUUCCUUUCUGUCAGCCACACUUUUUUAUUUAUUAUUUAGUAAGACUGGAUACUAAGACAAACACUGCUGGAUAUAGUGGAUUUGAUUCAGUUCAGUUUGCUCUAUUUCAGCAGGAUCGCUCAGUUUCAAAGCUGCUUUCUUGGAAGUCGUCAGUACAGACUGUCACACAAACAGUAAAACUGAGAGUGAUUUCAAACACAUCUCAGGAUACCUGAGUCUUUGUUUAUGCGGCAGACGUUCAGAUGUUGUUAUGCUGAUGUUAAAACCGGACUUUAAAGUGAAUUGUGUCAGAAGUGGCUACCGCUGGUAUCCCAGGCCGUGGGGGGAGAAUAAUUGAUUGAAAACAAAGCUCUUUAAGUGAUUCCUUCCUUCAGAGCAGAUCUUGAACCCCGCCCCGACCUGUGACCUGGUCUGUUCCUUUUCUACAGCUGUACGUGAUUUUUUUUUUUUCUCUUUUCUUUCCCCAGAAGCUCCCUGCUCUGUUCAUUAGGCCCGUCGGCAGCAUGCUCGUUGUGGAGUUUUGGCAUGCAAACUGUUCAGUGGUCUAGUGAGUAACUGAUGUUGUCCAGCGUCUCUAAGCUCGGGGGGGGUGUCCUCCACAUAAAAACAAUGCUGAUGUUUCAUUUCCUACAUGGUGUCGUUGCAGUUCCAGUUCUUGUCUCUGGACUGGGUUUCGGCUGAGUUCAUUUUCUGGUCCGAGCUCAUUGAGCGAGGCACCAUCGCUGCCUUCUGAAAACCCAGUGUCUCCAGAACAUUCAUGCUCCGCGAGUCCAGAAAAACAGCAGAGUUCUCAGCCUUGUCACGCAGCAGUAAAUUAUCUGAAAAAUUCAAACCGAAUUUAGAUACUUCAUUUUCACUGGACAGCGAUAACGUGUUGAUUAUUGAUCAUCAUACUGGACAGCACGUGUUUGGCCUCGGUCACAUUUAUGUGGUGAAUGUGGUUCCUGAUGAGGAGCCGAUGAGCUCUGCCCCGAUGGUCGUUGAAGCUGUGGGUCAGAGUCACGUUGCUCGUCCUGCUCCCGCUGACCUGUUGGUCCCUGCUGUCUCGGUCUCAUACUCCGAUUUUCUUCUGCUCUCCGUUGUGUUGCCGCAUGGUCGGGGUGAUGCCGCCCCCUGCUGGAGGACUCAAGACAUGAAUCCUGGUGUUUGUGCGCAGCCUUUAAAACGGCUCUUAUUAGACGUUCAGAACGGUUUGGUUUCCAGUCUGUACUUAAAACAUACUAAUGAGGCGCUUCCUUGAUCAACACGGUCGACCCGCAACCUGUUAGUCCGGUUCAGACGAAGUCACCUGUAGACAAGAGGCAAAUAUUUACUUAUUCUAUUCUAUAUAUACUCAGUGUAAUUCUGCCGUCUGUUAUUGUUCUUAAUAUUUAUUACAACUAUUACUUUUGAGAUUUGUACUGAAGCAUCAGUAGCUGUUGUGUUACACUGAGGUUUGUACCUACUAGAUGUUGUUCCAUGACUUUGGAUGUAAACAAGGUUUGUAAUGAAAUAAAGUUUGUUCUCCGAAAACACGGUUUGACCUGAACAUUCAGGAAAAAGUUUGCAUGUUACUUCUGUAAAAGUAGCAACACUACUAUGUAAAAAGACUUAGUCCUGAAUUUAGAAAUCUAAAGUAUAGGAACAUCAGUACUACAGCAAAGUAUUGUGAACAAAAGAACUUAUUAUGUAAGAGAGUGUUGUUAUUGAUUUAUAUUAUUGGAUCAUGUUUCUGAUGGACCACUGUGCAAGCAGAAUUUUACUGUUGUAGUUUGUUAGUUUAACCAAGCAGCAUAUUGUAUUUAAUAAACU